UGAUGCUGAUGCUGCCGCUGCUCGGUGCGGCGCAGGAGAGAGAGCAUCUUUGUCUUUGCGGAGCAGCUCUGGGUUUCCCUGCCUGCCUGCCUCCAUUGACACAGCCACAUCUGAAGAGAACAAGACUGUGAUUCUCUGUGAAGGCAGAGGUCGCACAUUCAUCCACCGCAUCCAUCUCUGCUGCAUUUGAAGGAUUUUUCCUCCUCCACUCUUCCUCUCCUCCUCCUCCUCCUCUUCCUCCUCUGAAUGUUCGUGCUCCUGACUGGAAUAACCGUCGCGGUGGAAGCUGUGUGUACAUUCAUCCAUGUGUCGGAUCGCUGGAUGAUGCUCAGGGUGAUGACAGGCUGAGGAGAAUGGCAGCUGCACCUCGGCGGCAGGCCUAGCAAACCCAUGGAGUACUGACAGAAACAGCACUGGAUGGAGGGAGGCCAAGACAGUGGAUGGCGAAGACGAGGAAGCUCACAGUGUUGUUUGUUCUCUUUCUUCGCUGAUCCAAAGUAGAUGCAAAGUGUUUUGCAAUGUACCUUGUUUUUCGUGUACAGUCCGUCACGUGUCGAGCAUGGAGAGAUGACAAAAAGAAUCAGGAUAAACAGGAUCCAUGUUCAAGGCUAAAGAAUCUCUUUAACUGCAUGUGGGACAUUUCAGCUCAUCUUAAAAAUAAGUGCAGACACUAGAUUUUGUCACAGCUGAACUUGUAGCUUUGAAUUAGAGAGCACAGUGAGUGAGUGAGUGGUUACAGAUGCUAAUCAUCAUGGGCAGCUGUAAAAACAAGGCUUCCUGGUUACUGUUGUUAGCCAAGUUGGUGCUAACAGGAAUAGCGUUGGAAUAUGAGGGGGUUCCUGGUCAGUGGACACGUUAUGGCCAGUGGGAUGCUACGACGACAGGUGAGCUCAGCUUUAUUCUGAAAACCAACACCAGCAAAGCCCUGGUGCUCUAUCUGGACGACGGAGGGAACUGCGACUUUCUGGAGCUGCUCAUUUCCGAAGGCAGGGUCCAGAUGCGCUUCACCAUCCACUGUGCUGAACCAGCCUCCCUGCACACAGAGACACGCAUCGACGACCAGCGCUGGCACAGAAUCCUCCUUUCUCGUAAUUUCAGAGAGACCAAGCUGAUGGUGGACAACGAGGAGAAGGUGGCCGAGGUGAAGUCUAAGAGAAAAGAGAUGGUUGUUGUCAGUGACCUCUACGUAGGCGGGAUCCCACCUGAUGUGCGUCUCUCUGCCCUGACGUCAAGCACUGUCAAAUAUGAGCCGCCAUUCCACGGCCUGAUAGCCAAUUUGAAACUGGGGGAGGCUCUGCCUCUUCUGCUGGACGGUCAGGCUGUUCACAGUGACCUGGAGUACAUAUGUGAAACCCACUCUCCCUGCAACAACAACGGCCUGUGCUCCGUCAGCCAAGGAGAGAUCCUGUGUGACUGCAUCAGUACCAGCUUCAAGGGAAGGUACUGCCAUGAAGCUGUCCAGAGAGAGGUAGAAGGUCUGGCGCACCUGAUGUUAAACCGCCAAGUUUUUCGCCAAGGGCAGGAGGAGUCAGUGGCCACAUUUAAAGGCAAUGAAUUCUUCAGCUACAACCUGUCCCAGACGCCCAUUCAGAGCAGUUUGGAUGAGAUCACGCUGUCCUUCCGUACGCUGCAGAGGAACGGCCUGCUGCUUCACACGGGGAAGUCGGCCGACUACGUCAACCUGUCGCUGAGGAACGGAGCUCUGUGGCUCGUCAUCAAUCUGGGCUCUGGUGCUUUUGAGGCUCUGGUGGAACCGGCCAGCGGGAAGUUUAAUGACAACGUCUGGCAUGAUGUUCGAGUGACGCGCAACCUACGUCAGGUGACGAUUUUAGUGGAUGGGAUUCUCACCACCACAGGCUACACUCAGGAGGACUACACCAUGCUUGGCUCUGAUGAUCUCUUCUACAUUGGGGGCAGCCUGAACACAGCUGACCUACCGGGCUCCACCGUCAGCAACAACUUCAUGGGCUGUCUGAAAAAUGUGGUAUACAAGAACAAUGAGUUUAGACUGGAGCUGUCCCGACUGGCUGAACAUCAAGACCUGAGGGUCAGUAUCCAUGGUGACCUGAUAUUCAGGUGUGAGAGCGUGGAGGCCCUGGAGCCGGUCACCUUCGACACGCCGUCUGCCUACUUGACGUUACCUCGGUGGAACACCAAGAAGACGGGCGCCAUAUCUUUUGACUUCCGCACCACGGAGCCCAGCGGCCUGCUGCUGUUCAGCCACGGCCGUCUGCAGGGAACGCCGCCCGACAAGAAGCUCAGGGCCGACUUCUUCUCCAUGGAGCUGCUCGAUGGAUUUCUGUACCUGGUCAUGGAUAUGGGAUCUGGCAGCAUCAAGAUGAAAGCUACUAACACCAGGCUCAGUGACGGCGAGUGGUGCCACGUGGACUUUCACAGGAACGGACGCAAUGGCUUUCUCUCCGUGAACAGCCAGAGCAUCCCCUUCACUGCUAAUGAAGGCAGUGAGAUCCUUGAUCUCGAUGGAGACAUGUAUCUGGGAGGUUUACCUGAGGAUCGCCAGGCCCUCAUGCUCCCCCCUGAGGUCUGGACAGCCUCCCUCGGCCUUGGCUACGUGGGCUGUGUGAGGGACCUCUUCAUUGACGGGCAGAGCCGUAACCUGUGGAGGCUGGCGGAGGUUCAGAGCGCCACAGGUGUCAGCAGCUUCUGCACAAGAGAGACUCACACUCGAUGUGCCAAGGACACGUGUGCCAAUGGUGGACAUUGCAGAGAAGGAUGGAACCGCCACAUUUGCUACUGCAAUGGUACCGGCUACCUGGGUCUCAGCUGUGACAAGGAGGCCACGACCGUGAGCUAUGACGGCAGCAUGUAUCUGAAGGUGCUGCUGCCACGGACGCUGCACACUGAGGCCGAGGACGUGUCCCUGCGCUUCAUGUCCCAGAGGGCCUUUGGGCUGCUGAUGGCCACCACCUCGCAGCAGUCAGCAGACACGCUGCGUUUGGAGCUGGACGGAGGUCGAGUGAAGCUCACGGUGAACCUUGAUUGUAUCAGGAUAGACUGUAAUCUCAGCAAAGGACCAGAGAUUCUCGUGAUCGGCGAGAAGCUGAAUGACAAUGAGUGGCACUCUGUGAAGGUGGUGCGACGUGGGAAGAACCUGCAGCUCUCUGUGGACAAUGUGACCGUGGAAGGUCACAUGACCGGUGCCCACACCCGCCUGGAGUUCAACAACAUUGAGACAGGAAUCAUGACGGAGCGGCGCUUCAUCUCCGUGGUGCCGUCCAACUUCAUCGGCCAUUUGCAAUCUCUGUCGUUCAAUGGGAUGCUGUAUCUGGACCAGUGCAAGAAUGGAGACAUCUCCUACUGCGAGUUGAACGCUCGCUUCGGCAUGAGGCACAUCGUGGCCAAUCCUGUUACUUUUGUAACCCAGACCAGCUACUUGGCCUUCUCGACCUUGCAGGCCUACGCCUCCAUGCACCUUUUCUUCCAGUUCAAGACCAGCAGUCCUGACGGCCUGAUGCUUUACAACACCGGGGACGGCAGUGACUUCAUCGUGGUGGAGCUUGUCAAAGGGUACAUUCACUAUGUCUUUGACCUGGGCAAUGGGCCGUCCCUCAUGAAGGGAAACUCUGACAAACCACUGAAUGACAACCAGUGGCACAGCGUGGUGAUCUCGAGGGACAGCAACAACAUGCACAUCCUGAAGAUCGACUCCCGCACUGUCACCCAACACACCAACGGAGCCCGCAACCUGGAUUUAAAAGGGGAGCUGUACGUCGGUGGUCUUGGGAAGAGCAUGUACAGCAGCCUGCCGAGGUUAAUCGCCUCCCGGGAAGGAUACAGAGGCUGUCUGGCCUCUGUAGACUUGAAUGGAAGACUCCCUGACCUGCUGGCAGAUGCCCUCUACAAGGUGGGAGAGGUGGAACGUGGCUGUGGAGGUCCCAGCACCACCUGCACAGAGGAAUCCUGCCAUCACCAGGGAGUGUGUCUGCAGCUGUGGGAGGGCUUCUCCUGUGACUGCACCAUGACCACGUACGGAGGACCGUUCUGCAAUGACCCUGGGACGACGUAUAUCUUUGGCAAAGGGGGCGCUCUCAUCACGUUCACCUGGGCCCCUAACGAGCGGCCGAGCACCCGAGCCGACCGCCUCGCCGUGGGCUUCAGCACUCAGCAGAAGGACGCCAUUUUGGUGCGAGUGGAAAGCACCCAUGGACUUGGAGAUUAUCUUCAGCUGCACAUAGAUCAAGGAAAAAUCAUUGUCAUCUUCAAUGUGGGGACAGAUGACAUCACCAUCGACGAGCCUGCUGUCAUAGUGAAUGACGGCAAGUACCACGUCGUACGCUUCACGCGCAGCGGGGGCAACGCCACUCUCCAGGUGGAUAACCAUCCAGUCAUUGAGCGAUAUCCACCAGGACACUAUGAUAAUGAACGACUGGCUAUUGCUAGACAAAGAAUCCCAUACAGACUUGGUCGGGUAGUUGACGAGUGGCUACUCGAUAAAGGGAGACAGUUGACCAUCUUUAACAGCCAGGCAGCCAUUAAAAUUGGCGGUCACGACCGGGGUCGGCCCUUCCAGGGUCAGAUCUCAGGGCUGUAUUACAAUGGUCUCCAGGUUCUCAAACUGGCAGCAGAAAAUGAUCCCAGCAUACAGGUGGAGGGGAACCUGCGUCUGGUGGGGGACUCGCUCUCUGUGCUGCCCACCGACACCACGGCCGCCACCCCGCUGGCAGUGUCCGACAUGUCCACCACCAUCAUGGAGACCACCACCACCAUGGCCACCACCACCACCCGCAGGCAGCGCUCACCCAGCCUGAGGGAGAGCAUCUCAAAGCCGCAGAACUCUGAUGAUAUUUUAGUGGCGUCGGCCGAGUGUCCGAGUGACGACGAAGACCUGGAGGAGUGUGAACCGGGGACAGGAGGUGAAUUAGUGUUGCCUAUUAUAACAGUGGAUUCCCUUGAGCCCCCAUCCAUCGCCACCCGUUACCCAGUCAUCCCUCCUCCCCCUACCCUCCUGUCCCCACUUGAAACCACCAAAGAGUCCCUGAUACUCCCUCCUCAUCCUUCCUGCCCCCCUGACCAGGAGGACUGUGGUGACCCUGUGGAGGUCUCGGCCUUUGGCUCUGGGGAAAUGACAGAAUCAGAUGAUGAGGACUUUUACAAUAAUAACUCCCCCAUGGUCACUGACAGGACAGUCCUUCCUCCACCUCCUGCCGCUGGUGAGGGUGGAGGCCAGAAACCCCGUCCCCUACCACCUUAUGUCCCCACCACCAAUCCUGACCAGCUGCAUAUCCCCGCAGGCAAAAUGAACACCCGUGACCAGGUGCUUCUUCCCCCUGCUCCUCCUUCCUCCCGAAACACACCAGGACUAACUUACCCUCCCAAUUUUCCCCAUGUGCCCACAGCCAACCCCACAGUCUCAGAUGAAAUGAGCCAGCCCGGUGCCGUGGAGGUGAUCAGGGAGUCCAGUAGCACCACAGGGAUGGUGGUUGGUAUUGUAGCUGCUGCUGCUCUCUGCAUUCUUAUCCUCCUCUAUGCCAUGUACAAGUACCGCAAUCGGGAUGAGGGCUCCUACCAGACGGACCAGAGCCAUGGUUUUACCAACGAUUCCACUGUGGAGGGCAACGGUGCAGUAGUCAAAGACAAAGGCACAGCAACAGCGUCUGUGGCCAAGGCCGUCACAAAGGGGAAAAAGAACAAAGACAAAGAAUACUACGUGUGAGAACGCAGAGGUCAGUGGUCUGCACUGACACCAUGACGACGACGACCACAGACAGAGAGAGAGAGACAGAGAGACAGAGAGAGAGAGAGAGAGAGAGAGACAGAGAGAGAGAGAGAAUGCUUUGCUUUUACUCCCCUGUUCUGUCAGGUUAACCAUCAGUGACAUUUCACAGUGAUGAACUGUUGAGGAUCAGUCAGAGAUUCUUUAUCAGUGUAUACCUUUUUUUUAUGUUUCUAACAAGCUGGAAGAAGCAUUUCCAUCUUGGCUUUGUAUAUAGCAUGGAUAUGGUACUGUGGAGAAAAAGCUGACAACAGCAGACAAAUUUGCCUAAAUGUUUUCUUUGUACUUGUUUGUAAUGCUCUGUCUCAACAGAUCUCAAUGUCCCCACUAUGGUAUAUGAGGCAGAGCAGACCAAUUAUGGAAUUUUUAUGGUCGAUGAGCAAUUCAAACGACAGUCAAAGGGAAAGCCUUUAUCUCUGCAGCACGCGUGUGAUGCUGUGUGCUUUUAAAAACUGCCCACUCACAUAAAUGAAGCAUGCUGAAAAAUACAGCAAUUUCAAUCAUUCAACGAUAUAGUAUCAUGGAUCACAAGCGUUGUUCAUGUCAGACAUCAGUGUCAUUGUGAACUCGUCAGUCUCCACAGGUGUUUCCCUGUAAACAGUGCUUGUAUGUACAUAUGAAGGCGAGCGGAUUGAAAAAAGCUCAGAAAAUGCUCACGACAUGAAGAUCACAUAAGCUCAAACUUCACAGGAUGUUCCUGGGAACACAGAAUCACACUGGAGGAAGAUUUGUUUGGGAUUGCUGUUUGGGAAUGGAGGAUGUUCCCACGUCAACAGUCUGACUCACUAUUGAUCGUUCCCUCCUUCAAAACCUCAAAAAGCACACGUGAAAUGUAAACAUAUCUUUGAGACAUAGAUAUUCCUUGUAAAACAGCCAAACAUGUAUUGUUUUUUUAUUAGUUACUAAAAGACUAUUCUAUGAGAUGACUAAUUGAAGGUUUGUGAAUUGUAUUGAUAUUUCUCUGAUAUUUCGAUGUAUCUUGUUACCACUCUUCUUCAAAUGUUCCAUUUUACUUCAAUCCAGAGAGAAAGCACACUUUCCUCUGAUGGCUGCACUUCUAUUUUGGUUUUGCAUUAUUUACAGUUCAGAUUCUGCAUUGACAACACGAGGACGGAACAAGCUGUUUUAUUCUGUUGCCAUGUGCAUUUUAUAUGUGCUGAAUCUGCUAUUCAAUGGAUCCAAUAAUAUAAAGCCAUUUUCUAUGUUGAGUUACUUAUUCAUGCUGUGAUUUCCUGUUUUUUCUUUUUGUUUUGUUUUUAUGAAAGUGCCAUUCAACGUGAGCUGCUCAGUGCUCAGAAAAUAUACCAUUCCUCACUCAUUGCUAUUGUAUAGUGUUCAUGUGACAUGGAUCUUAAUAUGUGUACAGAUCGUGGAGAUGAAAUACACUUGAUUAUAUACUUUGUA